AUGUUUUAUCCUGUUAAUUCUUUAAAACGGGGAGGGAGGUUUUAUUUAUGUUGGGUAGCAGAUUCGUGGCCUCAGCAAUUUGCGAAUAUUACUCACAGGCAGUUGUGGUCUCAGGAUAUUCGACAAAUAUGUGAUGAUUUACUGGAAGUUAUGACAAAUGAGUCCGGUCGUCCGGCAAAUAGAUUUUCUCUGCGUUUAAGUUCCCAGUUGCUUAGAGGACUGGUGAGACUUUAUCAAAGAAAAGUUAGUGUUCUACUAGGGGAUCUAUGCAUGGUCAAUGCAAGUGUUAUAAAAAACACAAAUAAAAAAUGGAUAAUACACGAGUCACCCGCACAAAUGGAGAAUGUUCAGCGUCCGAGACUUCAAAUAAUAAUACAAGAGCCAGAAGAUGAACAAAGAGUUGAAGUAUUAAUACAGAAAAGCAAUAAUACGGUUGCUAACAUAGACGAAAUAACACUUAAGGAACCGAUUAUGCCUGAAAAUCUGUUAGUAAACGAUGGUUUCGGCGAGCUUCACAUCGAUCAACAGAUCGCUGAUCGUACGAUGGAGCUGAUGAUGCUAGGCGACCUAUCUGCUAUACAGCACAGCGUGCUUGACCUUCCCGCAGACUUCUCAACCGACAAGUCGCACGACAAGUCCAAGCUAACCACUCACGACGCGCAGAUGGAAACUAUAUCGGAGCAUGAUAUCACCAUGUUUCGCAAAUCCGUUGGAACCGACCUCGUUCCAGUUGGCGAUUUUGAAAAAGAAAUCCCUGAAAUCCCUGAAAUCCCGCCUCCUGACCUGAAAACUCCUCAUCCGAUGGCGCAAACUGUGGAACAGCAAGGCAUGGAUAUUUCGGACAUUCGCAAGCCUCCUAAAGACGUUCCAACUGAGGCUACCAUAGAUACGCCGGAUAAAGAAAUUGUUUUGGAGGAGCUGGAAGAUGUGGAGCCGCAAGCGAAACGGCGACGUCAACAAAAACUCAUCAUUGACAAGAAGACCAAGCUGAGCACAGAGUACUUGCGCGCCAGGAUUGACAAUGUGGCCGUGGAGUUACGAUGCCAAGACAGUUCGGAGGACGUGAUGAACAUCCGAGUACACGCUGAUACGUACUUGAGUCGUCCCGCACACGCAGGGCAAAAGAUCCGGUCUAACUUGCCUCAAGUUUUCUCCGAACGUUUCCUACGCAACCUGAGAGUUUUAAAUAGGACGCCGAUGGCUGACAGAGAAAUGGAGGAAGCAGUGACCAAACCGAGAACAAGACAGACCCACACGCGUUCCCAACUAGAAACGAUAGGAGAGGAAGUACGACAGCCUCAUGAACCACCUCAAGUUGAAGUGCCCAUGCAGAUGGAAGUAAAUGUUGCAAAAGAGCUUAAUAUUGAACAAUUGGGCUUCGCUGAAAUACCUACGCAGCGUGUUGAGACUCUGUCACAGCAUGCCGCGAAACUAGCCGGAGAGUUUCAAGUUCCUGCAAAAAUACGUCGCACUAUGGGCCAUGUAUCGUAUAGACACAACCAGGAGCUAGUCAUAGAGGCAGCCAUUCCUGCUCACGACGCUGAAAAAGAAAAUAUACCACAGAAUAGACAGCUUCCAAGCAUUGAACUUGAGAGGAGCGUUACGGCGAUGCUUCAAGAAGCGGGCUUGACAGACAUGCUACCAUACAAACCCACCGAAGUGAAACCCCGCACUGGAGCAAGCCUAAAAAUAUCUGUGAGGAAUAACGGAAGUGAGACAUCUGAAACGCCUCUGGGUAGCCUGGACAGGACUAAAGUUUCACUAGGCGACUCUGAACAGACUACAGAUUCCAACAGAUUUAUACGUGACCAAUGGGGAAUCGAGGGAACUAUGAUUAAAAUCUUGGAAAGUAUAAAGAAGGGCACAAGACCGCUUAAUAUUAAUAACUUGAUCAAGGAACACACACUACCGGGUAAACGCAAUAUCAUAGCAGCGCGCUGUUUUUCUUCCGUACUCAAAUUGAAGCAGCAUGGUUUUAUCGAAGUACGUAAAGAUCCACAAACAUUGGAAAUAACGGACAUACUUCUGGGACCAAGGUUUAAACAAUAA